UCUUUAGCGCCUCCGAUUGUCCCCGACAUCUGCAGCUCGGUGCCAUCUGUGGACAAACAAGGAAAGGAUUAAGCGGCAGCUUCCUCUCUGACGCACCCUCAUCGUCUCGUGGCAGAUAACCACGGUCGACUCUGUUCGUUGGCGCCUGGUCCACUGUGGAGUGCCUGUUCGGCUUGUUUUACGAGCCCCAUAAGUACGCAUUAGCGGAGUGACUGCGACCAGCGGGGCAUCUCGGCCCCCGACUCAAUCGAACCGAACGCCAUGGGCUCCCUCAUCGUCGACUCCAUCCUGACGCCGUUCAGCUGGUACAGCCUGCUGCCCAUCGUCGGCUUCGCGGCCUUCCUCUUCCUGGUGGCCGCGUACCAGAGGACCCAGUUCUACUGGAUCACCGACAAGGCCGGAGACGUGGCGCAGUACGUGGCCGCGCGGUUCCGCAAGAAGCCCAGGCGUAGCCCGGAGUCCCACGUGCCGUGGUUCAUCGCGGGCGGCGCCUCUCCCGCUUCGCCGGGCAUCGGGAUGACCACCUUCCAGAUGCACCACGCCUCGGCCGCCGCGUACGCACCCGAGGGCGUCGCCGCGGCGUCUUCGAGCGGUGGUGCACCCCCCGCUGUGCUCAACAGCGGCACCUCUGGCCAGAUGGACGCCGCCCCUCGGGCGAUGCCGAUUCACGCGCACGGCAGCGGUCACCUGCCCACCUUGCCCGCGGUGCCAGUCCUCAUCAAGGUCACCGACCUGAGCGAAUGGCGCAUGUGAGCGUGAACGUGAGCGUGGGAGUUAUGUGAAUGUGAACCGUAUGUUUUUCACGGGGCUGUUCGUUUGUAACCGUUCGUUGCGAGGAUCCUUCCAUUACAAGAGAAUGCUUCCGCGGUUCCGUCCUCAAGGUCAUCGACGUCGGCGAGGUUUUUUCUUUCCUCAGAGGGGGCUGAGCUGCUCAGUUGCAAUAGCUGCUAACGGAAACAGUGGUGCGACGCCAGGCAACGCGGUUAUAUUGCGAGACUUUUUCGAACAGUGUCCCACAGCCUUUAGAGCAUCGAUGAUCUCUCUGUAUGUACGUGUGCGUGCGAACAGAUGUGUUCGUAAAGCCUAAUUUCCGAUGGGGGCUUCUUAAUUUGUUAAAUCGUGAAUUCUGACGUGGCGUUCUCUAGAACAGUGCGUGAGUGAAACCUCGCAUGUCGGCUGAUAUUUGAAUUUUUUUUUUCUAAAUGUGGGUGCUCGCUGAUGCCAGCAGAACAAAUUUCGUUUGCAAUGUUUGAGUUCGAACGCGUGGUCACAUGCUACGAUUCCGUUCGUGUACUUAUCUGAAUUGGAUCUGCAACCCUGACAGCCACUUAGCAUCUUGUGGCACGUUUCUAUUCUAUGUUUAUGUUCUAGUUUUCUAUGAUCGCGGCUGCGGUAGUAAUCGAUUGCCGGUGCUGACCCCGCCGACAAAGUGCCCCAAUGUUCUAAGCUAAGUCAUUGCUCGCUUUCCGUGUGUCUCUCUUCUUUUUAUCCCGCCCCUUUGCACUGCGAUGUAUUUAGUGUCAUCUUAGUUCGCGCCCGAAAGCAACGAACAACUUUCAUGAAGACGACGAAAUGAUGAGCGCUCUGCUGCAUUAUUUUAAUAAAAUCUUUUUUUUUCAUG